ACAGCUGUUUACAUAUGAUGAUGGAAAUAUAGCUGCAGGUACACGGUUGUUUUGUCAUUAUAUUCAGGUUGAUAUAAAACCUGUAUUUUGUUCUACAUAUCACGAGGUAACAUCGUUAUGGCAUAAAAUUAGUUUGUCUUAGAAAUCAAAACUGUUGUUGAUAUAGAAUCGCCUAUUAUGGAAUGCAUACACGAGUCCGGUGCUAAAGUAAUAUUUGAUUUGAAUAACCAGUUGAUUAAAGGUUAAUUUUCAGAAGAAAUGUUUAUAGACAGUACAGGAUGGGUGUGAUAAAUAGUGGGUUUCAUCUGUACAAUAUCAAGGAAAACGUCAUUUGAGAAUAUUUUAUGAUGACCAACGUCUUCAAAAAUGGAAAGGAGUGAAUCUUUAUUUUCAUUAUGUGUUAAUUGGAUACGUACUCGUGUAACAAACAAAGAAGAAACAGAAGAUACAGAAUCAACGGCUUCCGGAGAAAGGUCUGCAGCCAAGGAAGAUGCUAAACGGGAAAAUGAACAGUUAUGUGCUGAAAUAGACAGCUUAGGGCGUGAAAUUAAAAAGCUCAAACAAAUUGUUGACCAUUUGUCACGAGACUAUGAAGAUUCUAAAGGAUAUGAUCCACUAAGACGGUAUGAAAAAUUAAAAGGAAUGAUUAAAAGGACAAUAAUGCAUUUAAGACUAAAUCCAGACGAGCCAAACACGGUUCAAAAUAUUGGUAUUGGAGGAUUAGUCCAAGGAUGCAAGGACUUCAGCCAUCAAGCCGAAAGUGCCAGGCGAAGAGAAGACAAAUAUGCCAAGAUGUCAAGACAAGAGUUACAAGAUGAAAAUAUCCAGCUUUCAGAUCAAGUUCGAGAACUACGUCGUAAAUGUUCUAUUAUACGUGACAUUAUUGAUACACUUCACAAACACUAUGAAAUGUCAAAAAGAGCUCCUGUUAUGCAGCGAUAUAACAUGCUUAAAGUAAUGAUAAAGAAAGUUAUACAUGACGAAUUGAUAUAGUUGAUGAACCAAGUUUUAUGACAUAACUCUUUAGUAUGUCGCUGUAUUUAUAAAAAAAUUCAUUCCAAGAUUUCAAUACAACAAACAUGCCGCGGGAUUCAUGUGUACAUUGCUGAAUUGUACUUUAAGUAUAACGUGUCGAUGAGAAGAAUAUCUGUGUCAGAACAAUCGUCUUACUAUCCUUUACAAAACAUAAGCAAAAGCCGUUGUUUUGGUUGCAAAUCAUUUAUUAGCUAACACUGACAUUGAGACAAUGACAUGCAAUAUUUGACAGAUAAUUCACUAAUCAGUAUUUCAAACAUUUUGGCAAAUCGGCAAAUUCAGCUGCUGCUUAGAACUGGCCGAUGCAUUAAUUGAACAGCCACAAUGUUUAGCUUCAUAAAGGGACGAAAUGUUUGCAUAUCAAUUAAAGAGAGAAGAGAGGAGCUGAUAAAUUCAAGUAAAUAAUAAUCUUUAUAAAGGAAAUAAUAACCAUCUGCUAUCUGAAUAUGUUCAGAGGAUCUUAAAAUAAAACACAUAUCAGCGGAUUCGUUUCUACUCCCUGUGCUUGGAAACCUGGAUAAUGUGUUCUUUAUUUGUUUCGAUUCCUGGAUUUUAUGACACAAUGAACGUUUCCAUUGGAUGUUGUGUAGCUAUAUUCAUUGUGUUAACGGAAUAAUUCGUGUUUUGUCGAAUAGUGCAUAAAUAAAGGGUCCCGUUAAUGCCACAUAAACCUUUGGCCCGACACUUCUUCAUAAUGUGUAGAUUUGUUUAUGUAAAAAUUAUGUGUUUUAUGUAUGAAAUAAAAUUUUACUAAAUUUAACUUAAUACCGGGUAGUAUGUUUUCUUUUUUCUGUAAAGAGUGAUUAAAUAGAAAAAAAACCUUCUAGCAAAUUAUCAGAACAAGUUUGAUUUGUUGGUUAGAAUUAUUGAUAUGAUAGUUGUUUUGAAACGAGCACAGAUGAUUCAGAAUAUCAAUUUCAACAAACCUUGUUUUCGUAAUUACUGUAUGCGUGUGAUAUUAACUUAUUUGUUUGUCUACAUAAAUAUAAUAAAAGAUAAAAAUAACCAAUUUGUUGUGAAUAUAAUUAAUUUUAAUUUUGAAGUAGUUUUUGUAAAUGACGUUUUAAUUAAAUAUUGUAUAUGUAUAGAUAUGUUUCCUGGUUCGGCAUUAUUUUGCAUAUGAAUAUGUAAUACAUUGCAAAAAUUAUACAACCUAUGUACCACCUUAAAGGGCAAUUAAGCUAUUCAGACAUUGUCUGCUUUCGGUUUCGGUAGUGCACAUCAUAUUAAAUUAUAGUUUUUAGAUAUUUUGAGAUAUAAUAUUGUUUACAUGAAACAGUUUAUAAAACAAAAUAUAAAAAUAUAUAAGGUGAUUGUCUGCAAAAACAUAUAUUCCAUAUAAAUUUAUCAAAAUUUUAGUAUAAUUAUCCUGGUUCAUAUAUUUCAUAAUAUUUGUGCAUACAAAAUCCAAAAUUAUUAUUGGCUGUCGCUCACUGGAUUGUUUUGUCGAAACGGUAAAUAUAUUUUCAAUGUAAAAAAGUUUGAAAUAAAUUAUUUCAACUGGUAACAUUUAAUAUUCCAGAUAUAACUUACCUAUUAUCUUGAGUUUUCAUCAUUGUGUGUACCGUGCUUGUAUCAGGUCAUUCUUUAGUGUAAUGCAUCAUAAAAUAUAAUUUGCACGCUUACAGCUGCUCUUCAAAAUUCGUUAUUUCACUUUAUAUCACUCCAUCUUGAUCUAUUGUU